AUGCUGCGUCAAUAUGUUCGCCAACUUGGUCAGAAGCUGGUGUACAGGCGGCCACUGGAGCCCAUAGAGGAGUCUGAGAGUCCCAUGGCUCAUCUAAACACGCUGGACCUGGUGGGCUUCGGUGUGGCCAGCACCUUGGGAGCAAGUGUGUACAUCGUGGCUGGUGCAGUGGCCAAAUACAUAGCUGGACCAGCAACCAUCAUCUCCCUCUUGGUGGCCGCCCUGUCUUGUGUGAUGUGUGGGCUCUGCUAUGCAGAGUUACGGGCCCAGGUACCAUGCUCUGGUUCUGUGUAUCUCUACAGCUAUGUCACCAUGGGACAACUGUGUGCCUUCAUCAUUGGCUGGAACCUCAUCCUAUAUUUAGUCAUUGGCACUGCCAGUUUGUCCAAAGUGUGGAGCAUCACCUUUGACAGCCUGAUUGGAAACCACAUCUCUCAGGCAUUAGAGGGGACCUUCUCUCCGUAUAUGCCCUCUUUCCUGGCCACGUUCCCAGACUUUGUUGCUCUGGCCCUGUUGCUGGUGAUGAUCGGAGUAAUGUUUCUGGGCUCUUAUGCAUCACCCCUGGUCAUCAAAGUGUUCACAGGCAUCAACAUUUUUGUUCCAAUCUUCACGAUCAUCUCUGGCUUCAUUAAGGGAGACCUGCACAACUGGCAGCUCACAGAACAGGACUAUACACUGAACACAUCCGGAUCCAGUGACAUCUAUAGCUUGGGCCCUCUGGGUUCCGGAGGGUUUGUGCCCUUUGGCUUUGAUGGGAUUCUCCGAGGAGCAGCUCUGUGUUUCUACUCAUUUGUUGGUUUUGAUGGCAUUGUCAUGAAAGGGAGAGAAGCCCGAAAUCCUCAGCGUUCCAUCACUUUGAGCAUGGUGAUCUCCAUCUUCAUCGGCUUUUUGGCGUACUCUGGUGUCUCAGCAUCAGUCACCCUCAUGGUGCCCUACUACCAGAUUCAUCCUUACAGCCCCUUACCGCAGGCUUUUCUCCACGUUGGGUGGGACCCGGCCAGAUAUGUCAUGGCUGUUGUCUUCUUGUGUGCUCUUUUAUACAGCCUCCUGGGCACCAUGUUUUACAUGUCUCAGUUGAUCUGUGCAAUGGCCAAGGACGGGCUCCUUUUCCGGGGCCUUGCCCAGAUCCAUGCCCGCACAGGCACCCCUGUCAUGGCCGUGAUGUCUUCUGUAAACCUCGCAGCCAUGAUGGCAUUACUCUUGGACCUCCGACAUAUUGUGGAACACAUGUCAACUGGGAUGAUAUUUAGUAACAUCCUCGGUACUUUUUCUGUGCUUGUCCUCAGGUACCAGCCAAACCUGAAUGACAAAACAGAGGAAGAAGUUGAAAUGGAGCCUGAAGUUGAAGAACAUCCUUUGGACUCUGUACCUGUAGCCAGCACCCCAAGGAUUCUAAAGAGUCUGUGGUUCCCUGCCAGCACCAUCCCCAUCCAGAAAUCUGGCCAGAUUGUCUAUGGAUGUGCCUUCCUGCUUGUUCUCCUGCUGACCAUCCUGAGCCUGAUCCUGGCCCAGUGGCCCAACCAGGUGUUCUCUGGAGACCCCGGGCUCACAACAGUGGCUGUGCUACUGCUGCUGCUCAUCACUGCGGUCACAGUCAUCAUCUGGAGGCAGCCUCAGGACCCUUCUCCUCUAAUGUUCAGGGUCCCUGCUCUGCCUGUCCUCCCACUGGUGAGCAUCUUUGUGAACAUUUACUUGAUGAUGCUGAUGACCCCGAGGACUUGGACCCAAUUUGGCAUCUGGAAUGCCAUUGGAUUUGUCAUAUACUUUGGAUAUGGGAUCCGACACAGCCUGGAGGAGAACAAUGAUCAACAGCCACCAGCCUCCACCUCCCAGACACUUGACAAAAACAUCCCUGGCAUCAACAUUUCGGUUCUCAGCUUCAUCAUCAUCUCUGGCUUCAUUAAGGGAGACCUGCACAACUGGAAGCUCACAGAACAGGGCUACAGAUCGAACACAUCUGGAUCCGAUGACACCUAUAGGCUAGGAGGGGCAGAAGCCCUGAACCCUCAUCGUUCCAUCCCCUGGAGCAUCUUGAUCACCAUCUUCAUCUGCUUUCUGGCGUACUCUGGAGUCUCAGCUGCGCUCACCCUCAUGGUGCCCUACCUGGUGGGGGCCUUGAUCCCCAUGCCCCGUGUGAUCUACUCAAUGGCAGAUGACGGGCUCCUUUUCCGGGACUUGCCCGCAUCCACGCCCGCACCCGUACCCCCGUCACAGCCACCUUGGCUUCUGGAAUUCUUGCAGGUGAGACCCCACGACACCUUGACUGGGGGUCCUGACAUUGAGGGGAUUGAUGGGAAGGGUAAGCGACCUUAUGUGUCCAAAGUGUCCACCUUGAGUGAAUGA